AUGAUAUUGAAUAAAAAUCUUUAUUAUAUUUCCGCUGUUUAUUUCGUUUUCCGAUUUGCAAAUGCAAAUAUGAGUAAAUUACCGGUGAAUUCAAGUCGUAUACCUGCCACUACACCAUCAAAGAUAGCUACAUCAGCUGCAAAUAAAGCGCCCUCAAUUCGUGCUCCACAACAACAAUCAAAUUCUGGUGCUGAUGAUACAACGGCAAAUGUCAGCUAUAAAAUUGGGGAUCGUGUCCUGGUAAACGGCACCAAACCAGGUACCAUUGCCUUUCUAGGAGCAACAAAAUUUUCUGAAGGGCAAUGGGCUGGUGUUAUUCUUGACCAAGCACAGGGAAAAAAUGACGGUUCCUACGAGGGUCAUGUGUACUUUAAUACUGAACCAAAUCGUGGAAUAUUUUGUCGUCCAGCUAAAUUAGCAAAAUUACAAAACGACGAUAUGAGUAAAAGUACAAAUUCAUCGAUAACUUCACCGAAGAAUCGAACAAUAUCAAAUGAAAAUGAAACAUCGUCAACUGUGACAUCGAAUUUGGGUAAUUCGACAUCAACCAUAGGUGCUGGUGAUAGUACAUUAAAUUUAAAUGAAACAUCUGCAGCUAUUGAACAGAAUGAGCGAACAUUGGUUUCAGAAGAUUCAUCUACGACUGAAAAUAAAAAUCCAGUAGUUUCAACAAAUUCAAAUGAUUUGAAAGUUGGUGAUCGAGUGAUUGUUAGUGGAACAAAAUCUGGUAUUUUAAGAUAUCUAGGCACAAUUCACGUUGCCGAUGGGAUAUGGUGUGGAGUUCAAUUAGAUGAACCGUUGGGAAAAAACGAUGGAAGUGUGAGUGGUAAACGAUAUUUCAAAUGUGAACAACGAUACGGACUGUUUUCUCCUGUUGCACGUGUUGAAAAAAUCUCUUUACAACAACAAAAACAAUUGCAUCAACCAAUCACACCUGCGCGUCAAAUGUCAAUUACAUCUGCAUCAUCUCGUUUGAAUCGUACAACAAGUCAAGAAUCAUUACAAUCAAAUCUAUCAGAAUACUCAACCUCAUCCAAUAGUGUUAGUCGUAUUCCAACAUAUCGAACACCGAGUUCGAAAACAGCUGCUCUCAAAAAUACAGCUACAACUCCGUUUAAUACUGCGAACACAAAAACUUUGUUAACUCAAGCUGCUGCUUCAUUAGCCACGCAGGUUCCUUCUCAAUACACACCACAACCUUCAUCGAACACUAACGUUAAUAUGCCAAAUUUACUGCAAACAUUAAAAGAAAGGGAAAUGUACAUUGAACAAUUACAUCAUCAACGUGACCAAGAACGUCUCGAGUUUUCUCGUGCUGCACAACAAGUUGAUGAUUAUGAAAAUCGAAUGUUAUUGUUGAAAAAUGAAUAUGAUUUAAAACAAAUCGAAUUGGAGACACUAAAAAAAGAAGAUUAUACUAAUAAACAACGUUUAGAAGAUUUAGAAUUUCAAUUGGAAGAAUAUAAAUUAAAUGAUACGACGAAAGAACAAUCAUUACAGCACGAACAACGAGAAAUUACAAUACCAGAAGGUCAUCGAUUGUUAACACCAAAUGAUAUUUUAUUAUUUGAACAAAAUGAAAAACAAAUUAAAGGAAAAUUAGUAGAAUUUGAACAAGAUAAUCAAAUGAAAAAUAAUCAUAUCAAUAAUUUAGAAAAAAAACAUAAUGAUCAAAAUCAACAGGUAAUGAAGAAAACUAGAGCAAUAGAAAAUAGUCAUUUUCAUCUUGUACUUUAUUUUUUGAAGGUGACUAGUUUGACUAAACAAUGUGAUGAUUUGAUAAAAUCCAAUGAGACAUUGAAAAAUGAACUCGAUAAUGCGAAGCAAAAAAUAAUGGAUAUUGAAACGAUACAGCAAGAACAAAAAGAAAUUACAAUACCAGAAGGUCAUCGAUUAUUAACACCAAAUGAUAUUCUAUUAUUUGAACAAAAUGAAGAAAAAAUUAAAGCAAAAUUAGUAGAAUUUGAACAAGAUAAUCAAAUGAAAAAUAAUCAAAUCAAUAAUUUAGAAAAAAAACAUAAUGAUCAAAAUCAACAGGUGUCUAGUUUGACUAAACAAUGUGAUGAUUUGAUAAAAUCCAAUGAGACAUUGAAAAAUGAACUCGAUAAUACAAAGCAAAAAAUAAUGGAUAUUGAAACGAACUAUCAUCAACAAUUGAAAGAAAAAUUAGAACAACAUCAUGCAAAUGAAUUAGACGAAAAACAAAAAGAAUUAAAUGAAAAACAAAAUGAAUGGAAACAAAGUGUAGAACAUGAAAAAGAAUUAAUUAAAACAGAAUUAAAAAUACAUUAUGAACAAAUAAUUGAGACAAUAAAAAAUGAUUAUGAACAAAAAUUGACAAUAAAUACUAAACAAAUAAAUGAUUUAUCAAAUGAUUUAACAAGACAAAAAGAGAAUAUUGUACCUGAAUUAGAACGACGAUGUGAACAGUUAAAAAAACAAUUUAUUGAUUUACAAAAUGCAGAUCGUGCAAAUCAUAAUGAACGAGAAAUUAUGUAUGAAAAUCAAUUAAAAGAAAAUCAAUUAAAAUUUGAUGAAUAUGAAAAGGUUAGACAUGAACAUGAUUUAAUAUUAACAAAUUUAAAACAAUCGUAUGAAGAAGAGCAAUCUUCUCAUAAUAAAACAAAAGAUGAACGAAAUCAAGUUGAGAAUAAUUUACGACAAAUGAGUGAAAAAUUAGAAAAUUCGAUAAAAGAACAACAAUUAUUGAUGAAAAAUAUUCAAAAUGAAAAUCAAUUAAAAUUUGAUGAAUAUGAAAAGAAUAAACAUGAAAAUGAAAUGACAUUAAAUCAAUUAAAAGAAUUGUAUGAACAAGAAAAAUUGACAUCGACAAAAAUUAAACAUGAACACGAAAAUUUAUGUCAAAAAAUGGACGAAUUACAAAAAAUAAAUGAAUCAUUACAACAAACAAAUGAAUCAUUACAACAGACAUUAACAGAAAAAGAAGGAAGCAUAGAAACAAUUCAUCAACAAAAACAAGUAUUAGAAAAUAUUAAAAAAGAAUAUGAAGAUAAUUUGAGAAAGAAAACAAAUGAACAUGAACAAGAGAUGCACAAUUUAAAAAGACAAUGUGAAGAAUUAAUAAAUUUAAAUGAAAAUUUAAAAAGUGAAACAAAUGAUCUUCAUAAAAAAUUAGAUGAUCUCGAUAAAGAAUAUCAUCAACAAUUAAUGUUAAAUAAUGAACAAGUUAAAACGAGUGGAAAUGAACAUGAAUCCAUAUUAAAAGAUAAACAAACUGAAAUUAAUAAUUUAACUAGUUUAUUGAAUGAUACUCAAAAAGCCAAUAUACAAUUAGAAGAUAAAUAUAAAACAAUUCAAGAAUCAAUUGAAAAAAUUAGACAAGAAGAAAAACAACAUUUAGAUAAGGUAUUAAAAGAAAAAUUAAUUGAAUAUGAAACAAAUCAAAAAUUAUUGAAAAGUGAAUAUUCUGUUGAACAAGAAAAUUUGAUAUUAGAACAUGAUCAAGAAAAAAUUAAAUUAAAAACACAAAUUCAACAAUUAUUACAAGCAGGUAGCGGUGGUGGUAAAAGUUCGAAUACAUCUAAUAUAAAACAACUUGAAUAUGAAUUAAAUGAAGCAAAAUAUCAAAUAGACAAAUUACAAGGACAAUUGAAAACAAAAGAUAGUUCAAUUGAUUUAGAAAAACAGAUUGAAUUUUCAAAUUCUGUUAUCAGUGAUUUACGUAAUGAAAAUGAAAAAUUAAAGAAAGAUUUAAUAUUCGCAAAAAAUCCGUUUGUAACCAGUAAUGAGACUAUCGGAAAUAGAGAUGAAAAUAUUGACGGAUUUAAAACAAAAACAUUGUUGCCAAGACUCUAUUGUGACAUGUGUGAAGUUUUUGAUCAACACGAUACAGAUGAUUGUCCCAAACAAAGCUCAAUCACAGAAGAGCAUCAAAAUCAUACUAAUAAUAGUAAUAGUGCAAGAUCUUCAAAAGUCGACCGUUUAUAUUGUGCAAAAUGUGAAGAAUUUGAUCAUGUCUGCGACGAUGCGGAUCCGGAUGAAACGUUUUAA